AUGGAUAUUGUACGACUCAAGUUGGGAAUGGAUUGGGGUGUUGCGAAUCACUGGGGUACCAUUUGGAUUUUCUACAAGUCGGUCCUCUCCUGUUCUGUUAUUGGAGAAUCGAGUCAACAUAUUUCGCUUCAAGUUCAAUGUCCUAUGUUUCCUUCUACCGUUUGUUUCUCUUUCGUCCAUGCCAAGUGCACCGUGCAAGAGCGCGAGUCACUAUGGGCAGAAUUGUUGCUGGAUAGGCCGACUGAGACCCCUUGGUGUUUAGCGGGAGACUUUAAUGUGAUAGUUCAUGAGGAGGAGAAGCGAGGGGGGUUGCCAUUUCGACUGAGUGACGGGUUGGAAUUUGGGCGGUUUAUGUUGGAGGUCGGGGUAUCUGACGCGGAUUUCUCCGGCUCAAAGUAUACGUGGUGUAAUAAUAGGAAAGGGCGGGCAAGAGUAUGGAAGCGCCUCGAUAGAAUACUCCUCAACUUGGAAGCGCUGCAGAUGGGCUCUAGCAUUUCGGUACAGCACUUGGCGAGGGAUCCGUCGGAUCACUCGCCGCUCCUGAUGUCGGCUGUUACCCGCUUGGAUAACAAACCAAAGCCUUUCCGUUUCUUAAAUGUCUGGACCACCAAGGGAGGGGUGUUGGAGGUCAUCCGAGAUGCGUGGUCGUAUGCAGAACGGGCAGUACGGGAGGCGGAAAUAGCACAAGAGCAUGACUCGUCAGACCAUGUGCUACGUGAUUUGAAUGUUGCCCGUGAGCGGCUAAGGGCUACUUUGGCUACGGAGGAAGGCUUUUGGAGACAGAAGGCCAGGGUGAGGUGGUUGAAGGAUGGGGAUAGAAAUUCUCAAUACUUCCAUGCGGUAGUAACGGAGAGGAGGAGUAGGGCGAUCAUUCAUAGGAUUCGUGGUGCUAAUGGCGAAUGGGUGGAAUCGGAGGACCUCAAUAGUAGAGAGGCAAUUUCCUUCUUCCAGGGGCUUUUCACAGCGGAGUGGGGUUAUGCCUCGUAUGAGUUUUUAGACAAUAUUCCGAAGUUGGUGACAGAUCGGGAUAACACUCAACUUAUGGAGCCCCCCACCAUGACCGAAGUCAAGCAGGUGGUUUUCUCGAUGGAUGGGGAAAGUGCCGCUGUGGUAGCGGAGGAUGUGUAUAAGGCUGUCUUAAGUUUCUUCUGUGGGGCGGAGUUGCCACGAAGCAUCACCGCCACUACCGUCGUCUUGAUCCCUAAGGUUCAGUGCCCCCAGGACUUCACACAAUACCGUCCGAUAAGCCUCUGUAACUUUAUCAACAAAGUGAUCUCUCGUAUUCUUUCGGAUCGUCUCGCCCCGAUUUUACCCAGGCUCAUCUCCGCCCAACAAAGUGAUUUUGUUAAAGGGCGACAGCUCGCGGACAACUUUCUGCUGGCACAGGAGUUGGUGUCGGAUAUUGGGAAGUCUUCACGCGGAGGCAAUAUUGUGCUUAAGUUGGAUAUGAUGAAAGCCUAUGAUAGGGUGUCCUGGAGCUUUCUUUUGCAGGUGCUGCGGCGGUUCAGAUUUUCUGAGACAUGGAUCGAUGCUGUUUGGAGGUUGGUGAGCAAUGUGUGGUUCUCAGUUCUGAUCAAUGGGGUUCCGCAGGGAUUCUUCCGGUCCUCGCGGGGUUUGCGGCAGGGUGACCCAUUAUCUCCAGCUUUGUUUGUUAUUGGGGUGGAAGCCCUCUCUAGGACUCUGAACGCUUUGGUCGAACACUGCCAAUUUCAUCCGUAUAAGGUUCCGAUUAGCUGCCCGAUUGUUACACAUUUGGCUUUUGCCGAUGAUGUGGUCAUUUUCACCAACGGGUUGAAGUCGUCUUUGCUUCUCUUAAUGCGGGUCUUGGAAGAUUAUUGUGCUGUCUCGGGCCAGAUGAUUAAUAAGAAAAAGAGCUGUUUUCUAGUACAUCCCCGGCUAUCCCCACUCCGCUGCAGAACUAUCAGGCAUUCAACGGGCUUUCAGAAGAGGAAAUUUCCGAUCAAAUACUUGGAUUGCCAGUUAUUCGCUGGUCGUCGAAAGAAGGAGUACUUUGGGGAGAUUUGCAAGGGCAUUGCCAGCAAAAUCUUGUCGUGGAAGCAGCGAAUCCUCUCGCCGGGGGGAAGAGUGGUUCUGCUUAAGCACGUUCUAUCCUCCAUGCCGAUCCACUUGUUGGCGGCAGCGUCGCCUCCCAAGGGAGUCGUGCAAGAGAUGGAGAGAGUCAUGGCGGCGUUUCUCUGGGGCGCGUCAGAGUUUGGACCACGGUUUCACUGGAUGAAGUGGGCAGAUCUGUGUCGUCCAUAUAGCGAAGGGGGGCUGGGCCUCCGGAGGCCAACGGAGGUGUUUCAAGCAUUCUCCAUGAAGCUAUGGUGGCGUUUCAGACAGGGGCGAUCCCUUUGGGCAUCCUUCCUUGCUGCCAAGUAUUGUAGAAAUCGGCACCCCUGCCUAGCGGAGGAGCGGAUAGGGAGUUCGUACACUUGGAGACGUAUGUGUGAGGUCCAGGGGGUAGUGGAGGACAACAUCGGAUGGAUUGUUCGAUCAGGAACGAUGAGCUUUUGGCAUGACAACUGGGUAGGGUCCGGUCCAUUGUGUCAUCGAGUGGAGGUAUUCCAGAACCAGUGGGUAGCGGACUUUGUUACUGGCGGCGAAUGGAACGUCCGGUUACUCUCACAAGUUCUACAGCCGGAGCUGGUUCGGCUAGUGACGGCGAUUGCCCCUCCAACGCUUCAGGGGGAGGAUAGGAUGGUGUGGAUGUUAACCCCCACUGGGGAGUUCUCGAUUGCUUCGGCUCUAUCGCUGAUACGCUCCCAAGCUAAUAGGUCUCUCGGAGCCACCUGCAUUUGGCACAGGUUCUUACCAAUCACGAUCUCUUUUUUCAUGCUCCGCCUCCUUUCAGAUAGGUUACACCUACUUGAACAGUUACGACGUUUUGGAGUCCAAGGUCCUUCUCGAUGCGCCUGCUGCGCCAACCCCCAGGAGGAACGAUUGAACCAUGUGUUUUGCACAGGGGAGGCUGCCCGGCAAGUGUGGAAGGCAUUCGAAGUCCCAGAUGGGAGGAACUCUCGUAUCUGCUCGGCCCGCCAUAUGGCAAUUGCGUGGUGGAUACGCCCAGCGCCGAACAGAUACUUGGCGUUUGUUUAUCGCCUCUUGCCUUCUUUGAUCUGUUGGGAAUUGUGGAGAGCAAGAACUAGUGCUUUAAUGCAAGGAGGGAGGUCAGAGGGGGGUGUAGUGGUUGCUCGGACCUUGUCGAGGGUGAGGGAUCUAUUGCACUUACAAUUCCCUUCGCUAUCAUGGGCCCAUGGCUCUUGGGGGGAUUUGUACGCCGACUUGGCAGGUCGGCCUAAACGGGUGCACAUUUGGCCUGUGAAGUGGGUGGCCCCGAGAGCAGGAUGCAAGUUGAAUACGGAUGGUUGUUCUUUGGGCAAUCCAGGGCUCAGUGGAGGGGGAGGGCUUUUACGGGAUUCUCAGGGGUGCUUUUUAUUUGGCUUUUCCUGUUUCCUUGGCGUCACCACCAGCCUACACGCCGAGUUACAGGCCUUACUGUAUGGGGUAAAACUGUGUGUAGAUCGGGGCUACAUGGAGCUCCACCUGGAGGUGGACUCCUUAACCCUGGUGGAAUUGGACGAUCUGUUGCGGCAUCAGAGUUUGUUUCGAUCAAUAACACAUUGCUUUAGGGAAGCAAAUAAAUCAUCCGACAGGCUGGCUAAGAUGGGUGCUGAUCGGGGCAGGGAUGUUUUGUUUGAGUCCUUUGCAGAGCUACCUCCUAUGGCGCGUGGUGACAUACGGAUGGAUAGGUCAGGCUUUCCUAGCUUUCGGAGAAGGAUUUUGUAG